AUGGCCACCCUUCGUGUUCUUUCCUUCAACACUGAGGGCCGCCCUGUAGAGUUCGACUCCUGGCUAGAUGACUUGCAGCUCUACCUCAUUAGCACCAGCAAAGACGAGAUCUCACUCUUUGACCACACCUCCGGGGCCCUAGCCGCUCCUGCUGACAUAGCUACCCUUAGCGAGCGCUCUCAGUGGCUGACGCGCAAUGCUGCUACCCGCCUUGCUAUUCGCAACCACUUGCCGCUAGCGGAACUCAAGCACUUUGGCGAGCACAAAACCGCUAAGGCCCUGUACGACGCUGUAGUUGCUCGCUACUCCUCUCCUGCCACUGCUCCGCUCAGCCGCCUCAUGCUGCCGUACCUGUUCCCCGAGCUGUCGAGCUUUGCCACCGUAGCCGACCUCAUCACCCACCUUUGCUCUAGUGACGCUCGUGUCCGUGCCACACUCCGCAAGGAGCACCACUUCCUAGCGCGCUGUCCCUCCGACCUUACCAUAGACCUCCUAGAGGAGCACCUCUUAGCCGGUGAGAGUAGCAUUGUUAGUGUGGCUGCUGCUCGUGGCGCUCCUCGCACCCCCAUCUUUGAGGGGUGCGCUUCUUCCCCUCUUGCCCCCUCCUACGCCACUGCUGCUGCCGUAGACUUCUUCAGAGCCGACUCGAUUGGUGCUGCCUCCGCUUCUACCGGGCGGCGCCGCACCGGCAAGGGCAAGGGGGGCAAGGGCGGUGGUGGCGGUGGCGGCGGAGGAGGAGGUGGAGGAGGUGGGUGUGGCGGUGGGAGUGGAGGCAGUGUAGGCGGGGGUGCUGGUGGGAGUGGCAGCGGCGGUGGGGGAGGUGGUGGUGGUGGCGGCGGCGGUGGGAGUGGAGGUGGUGGCGGUAGUGGCGGUGGUGGAGGCAGCGGAGGCGGUGGCGGUCGUGGUGGAGGCGCUGGUCAGAGACAGCAGCAGCAGCGGUCCCUUACGCCUCAGCAGCUUCAUGAGUGGUUGGCUCAGAGGGGUACGUCUGGGGGUACUCGCUGUCCGUAUGUCAUUCCCACCGGUGAGCGUACUGGUCAGACAUGCGGCAAGCCCCACCCCCAGCAGCGUUGCUUCUCCCGCCUUGACGACGCCUGGCGUGAGGAGAAGGGUGCAGAGGUUGAGACCCCUCGCUUGUUUGAUCUGCUUAAGAAGGGUGUAGACAUCUUUGCUCUUGACUAUGAUGUUAUUCUUGCUGCCAUGUAUGCAUUGUCUAUUAGUGCUGAGUGUGACUGCUACCUGUGUCUGCCGCCGGAUCCAGGUAUAGAACCAGGAGCUCUUGGUGCUUGCAAGUCUACGCUCUCAGGUGCUUCCAGCUGUUUCUUCCGUGACAGCACAGCCCUCACACCGCUCCCUGCACCAGUUGCAGUCUCCCUGGCUGACCCCUCGGGAGGUCCAGUCCUUGCACGGUCUACCACUGUGCUUUCUUGCCCAGCGGUCCCGUCUGGUUUGCUGUCAGGUCUCCACCUCCCCUCGUUCUCUACGAACUUGGUGAGCAACGCUGUCCUUCAGGACUACUGGGUUGAUACCUUCACCCCUGGAGGACAGCGUGUGGCGAUCUGUACGUGCUCAAGGACUGGGCGACACCUGGCCACGUUCACGCGUGUGCCAGGGUCGAGCCUUGACACACUGACCACUGUGUCUCCACAGGUCGCUGCUGACGGUCAGGCGUCUGCAUCAGGUCAGCUAGACUCCCCUUGCUCGUGUCACUCCCUGUUGCAACAGACCGUUCUCUGGCACCACCGUCUGGGCCACACCUCCCUGCCCCGUCUUCGUGACAUGCACCGUCACAUCCUUGUGUCUGGUCUUCCCCGGACCCUGCCUCCCCUCCCUGCUUCGCCUGCCCCGACCUGCCUUCCUUGCGUUGAGGGGCGGCAGCGUGCCGCUCUUCACUCCUCCUUUUUUCCUUCGACAGAGGCUCUGCUGCAGACUCUCCACAUGGACGUGUGGGGCCCUGCUAGCGUCAGCGGACGGGGUGGAGAGCGGUACUUCCUGUUGGUAGUUGACGACUACUCACGUUACACCACGGUCUUCCCCUUGCGCACCAAGGGUGAGGUCCCUGCUAUCCCGAUCCCUUGGAUCCGAGCGGUUCGUCUCCAGCUACGCAGAAGGUUUCACACCGACCUCCCUGUUCUGCAUCUACACUCUGACAGGGGCGGAGAGUUCGCCUCCGACCUCUUGUGUGGCUUCUAUCAAGAGGAGGGCAUCACCAAGUCUUACACGCUUCCGGGCUCACCUCAGCAAAAUGGGGUUGCUGAGCGCCGCAUUGGCCUGGUCAUGGAGAUCGCUCGUACCUCCUUGAUCCAUGCGGCGGCUCCCCAUUUUCUGUGGCCGUUUGCCGUCCGGUACGCCGCACAGCAGCUCAACCUCUGGCCCCGUGUCUCCAUUCCGGAGACCUCGCCCACACUGAGGUGGACGGGGGAGGUUGGUGAUGCGUCGGUGUUCCGGGUCUGGGGUGCCCGUGCUCUUGCUUGCGAUACGUCCUCGGACAAGCUCUCCUCCUGCACCCUUCCCUGUGUCUUCCUCGGCUUUCCGACUGACACGCUUGGCUGGCAGUUUUACCACCCCGCCUCGCGUAGUGUCCUGUCUUCUCAGGACGCCACCUUUAACGAGUCAGUCCCUUUCUACCGCCUCUUUCCCUACCGCACUACCCCUCUCCCUCCCUUGCCGCUAUUCCUCGCUCCAGGUCCCCCUCCGGUAGACCCCCUUCCCCCCCAGGGUCCUGCUCCUUCAAGUGUGUCUCAGGUAGACCCACCCCCCUUCGCUGAGCCUGUCGAGGUCACCAGCGACUUAGGUGCUGCUGAGGGUGGUCCUGCUCGAGGUGCUGUGUCUGGAGGUUUUGAGCCACGGCGUGAGGUACUGGAGGGUGCGGGGCCUGAGGGUGCUGAGCCGAGCCUAGGCGCACUGAGAUGGAGGGAGCUGGACCGGUUUUCUCGCCGGCCCCUUACACCAGAGGAGCUGCGAGAGUGGUUUGCGUUUCGUCAGCUACUGCGGAGGCGUCCUGGAUUUGGCGGUACUACAGCUGGAGCUGGAGACACUUGUGCUGCUAACACCACAAGCCCUAGAGGUGCUCGUACUGGAGGUACUCGAGCUGCCGAGGCCGGUAGUGUUGGAGGAGGUCCUGCUGUAGACUCUGGCACUAGAGGUACCGGGUCUGGGGGUGCUGCUGCUGGAGGUACUGGAGCUGGAGACCCUCGAGCUGCUGGUUCUGUUCUGGGGGUGCUGCUGGAGCUGGAGCUGCUGGAGGUGCUGCUAGAGCUGCCGAUGGAGCUGGUGGAGCUGGUGGAGCUGCUGGUGGUGCUGCUAUUGGUGCUGCUGGUGCUGGAGCUGCUGGAGGUGCUGCUCGAGCUGCCGGUGGAGCAGGUCGAGCUGGUGGAGCUGCUGGUGGUGCUGCUGUUGGUGCUACUGGUGCUGGAGAUGCUGGAGGUGCUGCUGGAGCUGCCGGUGGAGCUGGUGGAACCGUUGGAGCUGCUGGUGGUGCUACUACUGGUGCAGCUAGUGCUGGAGCUGAUGGAGGUGCUGCUGGAGCUGCCGAUAGAGCUGGUGGAGCUGCAGGUGCUGCUGGUGGUGCUCUUGCUGCCCCCUGGGUCUCCCUUCCCCUCCCCACUUGUCUCUCCUUGGACUCUCCCCUCCCCCCCCACUCUCUCUUGUUCUUGCUAUGGGGUACUACCAGCGCCCUAA